AUGGCCACGGAGCAUCCGGCGCUGGAAGCCUUUGAUGAUGCAGCCAUCCGGACCAAGGCGGCCCGCCUCUUGGGCACGCAAUCGCUGGCCCGCCAUGCGGGGUGGAAAGGCAACCAGGCGGCCGUGGAUGCCGAGCGGGCGCGGCACCGGGCCAUUGGUAUCCAGCUGGGAUGCUGGAAGGGAGGAGUGCUGGUCGAGGAUGCCCAAGGGUCCGUGGCCGCCGCCAUGGCAAGCUCUACGCUUCCAGGCGAGCCUGGGUGCUGA